AUGAGCAGCAAACCACCGCCGACGAACGACCACAAAAGCAUCACCGGUGGGGGAGCCCACACCGGAUCCUCCCCCUCUCUCUACAAGGCCAAGGACAUUCCACCGCCGUGGAACUACACCACCACCUCCACCACCGCUUCCAGCGGCGGCGGAGGAGAUGAUCACAACCCUAACCCCCACCACCACCACCAAGACUACCUCACCGGCGGCGGAUUCUCGUGGCCGCCGAGAUCCUACACGUGCAGCUUCUGCAAGAGGGAGUUCCGGUCCGCUCAGGCCCUCGGCGGCCACAUGAACGUCCACCGCCGCGACCGGGCCCGCCUCCGCCAGUCACCUCCACCACCACCUCCAAACUACCCCAUCCCCAUCCUCAACCUCAACCUCAACAACCCUAACCCUAACCCUAGCUUCUCAUCUCCUCCUCCCCUCCAGCUGGUCUCCACUCCUUCUCCGGUGGGUCGGAGAUCGCCAUGGGCCCCCAUUGAGGACCAUCUGAGUAAAGUCGGGACCCGGAAGUCUCUCUUCGGAGGAGACUACUCAUCGUCGUCAUGUAAUAAUAAUGAUAAUGACGAGGUUAAUGUGAGUUUGGAGUUGGAGAUCGGUGUCAUUACUGGGACGACGACGUCGUCCAAGCAGCUGGAUUUGGAGCUUCGAUUAGGCAUUUGA